UGCGCGCCCCGCCGCCUCCGUCAGUCCCCCCGGUCCCCGGUCCCCUGGCUCACGGGCAUGGCGCGCGCGGCGGGGCCCGAGCGGCGGCUCCUGGCCAUCUACACCGGCGGCACCAUCGGCAUGCGGAGCGAGCGCGGCGUGCUCGUCCCUGGGAGGGGCCUGGCCGCGGUUCUGAGGACGCUGCCCAUGCUCCACGACGAGGGCCACGCCCAGGCCUGUGGGCUCCCCGAGGACACCUUAGUGCUGCCGCCCGCCAGCCCCGCCUGCCCCGACCAGAGGGUCAUGUACACGGUGCUGGAGUGCCAGCCUCUCUUCGACUCCAGUGACAUGACCAUCACCGAGUGGGUUCAGAUCGCCCAGACCAUCGAGGCCUGCCUGAGCUCGCCGCCCCUCCUGCAGAGACACUACGGGCAGUACCAUGGCUUUGUGGUCAUCCAUGGCACCGACACCAUGGCCUUCGCCGCCUCCGUGCUCUCCUUCAUGCUGGAAAACCUGCAGAAAACUGUCAUCCUCACUGGUGCCCAGGUGCCCAUCCAUGCCCUGUGGAACGACGGCCGUGAGAACCUGCUGGGUGCCCUGCUGCUUGCUGGCCAGUACGUGAUCCCCGAGGUCUGCCUGUUCUUCCAGAACCAGCUGUUUCGGGGCAACCGAGUGACCAAGGUGGACACGCGCAGGUUCGCGGCUUUCUGCUCCCCCAACCUGCCCCCUCUGGCCACCGUGGGCGCGGACGUCACAAUCAACCGGGAGCUGGUGCGGAGGGUCCGUGGGCAGGGCCGGCUGGUGGUGCACAGCAGCAUGGAGCGCGACGUGGGCCUGCUGCGCCUCUACCCUGGGAUCCCCGCCACCCUGGUCCGGGUCUUCCUGCAGCCCCCUCUGAAGGGCGUGGUCCUGGAAACCUUCGGCUCGGGAAACGGGCCCACCAAGCCCGACCUGCUUCAGGAGCUGCGGGUGGCAGCUGAACGAGGCCUAGUCAUCGUCAACUGCACCCACUGCCUUCAGGGCGCCGUCACCUCGGACUAUGGCGCUGGCACGGCCCUGGCGGGAGCCGGGACCAUCUCAGGCUCCGACAUGACAUCGGAGGCGGCCCUGGCCAAGCUGUCGUAUGUGCUUGGCCUGCCGGGGCUGAGCCUGGAUGGCAGGAAGGAGCUGCUGGCCAGGGACCUGCGCGGGGAGAUGACGCCGCCUGCCGCGGACGAGCUCCGGCCCUCUCUGCGGGGCAGCGCGCUGGGCCGCGGGGUCGCCCAGCUCCUGGGUCUGAGCCAGGAGGCUGAUGACGUGCGGGAUGCCCUGGCACCCAGCCUGGCCUGUGCCGCGGCCCACGCCGGCGACCUGGAGGCCCUGCAGGCGCUUGCAGAGCUGGGCAGUGACCUGAGCCUGGAGGACUUUGGUGGUCAAACUCCGCUGCACUCGGCCGCCCGAGGGGGCCAGGCUGGGGUGGUCACCAUGCUGCUGCAGAGAGGGCUGGACGUGAACGCACGGGACAAGGAUGGCCUCAGCCCGCUGCUGCUGGCUGUGAGGGGCAGGCAUCAGGGUGUCAUUGGGCUGCUGCGGGCAGCUGGGGCCUGCCUGUCCCCCCAGGAGCUGGAGGACUCGGGGACAGAGCUAUGCAGGCUGGCAUCCAGGGCAGACUGUGAAGGCCUGCGAGCAUGGUGGCAGGCGGGGGCCGACCUGAGGCAGCCGGGCUAUGAUGGGCGCAGCGCCCUGCAUGUCGCAGAGGCAGCUGGGAACCUGGAAGUGGUGGCCCUUCUGCAGAGCCUUCAGGGUGGGGUUGGUGACCAGGCCCUGGGCCCAGCCGCCCCAUAGUGCACCCUGCCGUGGCACUGGAGGCCCCAGCCAUGGCCAAGAAGCUCCCUGAGCCUGGAGGGGACCUGCCCGCCCUGCCCCGCCCCACCAGGACCAGCACCCACUGGGCUGGGUGGGCCAGGUUCCAGCUGACUCCCACCCCCACCCCAUCAGCUGGCCUUCCGGAAGACUCUCCAGGCUGGUUGGGUUUGCUCAGGUCCUUGGGUCCCUCCCCUGUGAAAGGCUGCUUCCCACUGACAGGUGCCUGGGCUUGUCUGUCUGCCCUGCCCCCAUACAGUACCUGGGCCUCCACUCCUCCUCUAGAGACCUCCCAUUGUCAGGAAGUGCUGCCUGGUGUCUAACCUGAAGCUGUCCUGCUGCAGCGUAAGCC